CAUCGCUCUGCCAUCAAAGGUUGGUUAGAGCAUGCAGAUCCAAAAAUCAAUCGAAGCAACGAGAAUCCACAAAAAAAUAUUUAUAAUAACUUGGAAAUGGAUUCACUGUCGUCGCCUUCUGCCACAAGAUUGGUAGAGAUCUGCGGGUCACUCCGUCCCCAGAAACCUCCUCCCAAAUCUACCUACCCCUCAAUAAAGAUUGGCAUUCUGUUUCUCAUUCUCUUUGGACCAUAGUGAUAUAGAGUCCUAAUUUGCAGAUUGACGUGUGCCUGUCAGAACGCCGACGUGAGAAGGGGAAAGAAGGGGUAUAGGGUGGCGCCGCGACCCGGAGAAGCUAUCGGCGAAGGGAGAUUUAUGAGGGCGCGAUUCUGGGGAGCGGAAUCGCUCAGGGCCACGACAGGGUCUCCAUAAUUUCGGGUGAUAUCGAAUUAGGGUUUUUGGUUGGGCAGUUCAAUUGGGUUUGCAGUCGACUUUAGCUGCCCCCUCCAGCUUCCGUUACUCCUACUCGUCGUUGGAACCGCAUUUUGACAUCACCGUCCUGGACUUCCGCUGCCGGCGCCACCGUACGGCCUAGGCUUUUCCUGUUUGAUUCUCCGGUGCCGACCGAACUCUGAGGUUUCGGAAUCCAGAUCGAGCUGGAACGGAACGAUGCCUCGGUAUUACUGUGACUACUGCGAUACUUAUUUGACGCACGAUUCUCCUUCUGUUAGAAAGCAGCACAAUGCGGGUUACAAGCACAAGGCGAAUGUUAGAAUCUACUACCAGCAGUUUGAGGAGCAGCAAACCCAGAGUUUAAUUGACCAGCGGAUUAAGGAACAUCUUGGGCAAACUGCAGCAUUCCAACAGGUAGGUGGUGCAUACAAUCAGCAUCUCAUGGCUCAAAGGCCUCGUCUUCCCAUUUUGCCGACGCCUAUUAUGCCCAUUCCUGGGAACCCAAACCUACCUCCUGGUGCACAGCUAAUGCCCGGAAUGAGGCCUCCACUUUUGCCUAGACCUGGCAUGCCACCGCCUGGUGCUCCAGGUUACAUGUCUGUUCCAGGAAUGCCUCCAAUGAUGGCACCACCUGGUGCUCCUUCCUUACCCGGUCAAGUAAAUGGUGCACCAAGGCCGCCUCCUCCAGGUAUGGUUCCAGCAAGUGUUCCUGGGAGCACCAUGCCCAUGCCAACUGCUCAAGGUCCACCACCAUCAUUGGCUCCACCUCCUAAUUAUCAGCCGCAUACCCAAGCACCCUCAAGUGGGGGUUUCGAUAGUUACAACAAUGUUAAUCCCCCAGCUCCGGAAGGAAACCAUUAGUCUUUGAUCGCAUGAUGAAACGUAUCUGGUGCAUGGAAUUGACAUACCUUGUGCGGCAAUAGAAGAAUCUAAGGGUCGGAUUUGCUCCAUUAAACGUUCGGCAGAGAUUGCCAGAUGCUCUUAUUUUGUGUAGUCACACAGAUUAGUAUGUCAAUUUUUCUUGGGAAACUAGUCAGGCUGCACACUAUGUAUCACUGUAUUGGCAAGUGAAAUGAGAAUAUGUUUUGCAAAUGACUCUGGGUUCCCUUGUCAAGUUUUUAUGUGAAGCACAUUCAACAAUAUUCGCAGAAUGAAGGGUGUUGUUU